UCACAGCAUUUCUCAAAGGAAAAACAGAUGUUUGUCAAAAAUGAUAUCAAAUAGUCCCUCUGGAUCAUUAUUAUUAUUAUUAUUAUUAUUAUUAUUAUUAUUUUAUCUUAUCAGAAUGUUAGAAGAGAUUGGAAUCUACAACUUCAACAUUACUCAUUACAUCCCACACUGUUUGGGAUUUUUAUAGCCGGAAAAGACGUGUGGAAGUAAUUAACAUUAACAUCACUAAUUUCCAUUUACUAUCCCAGUAAGGUGUGGUAGUAACCUAGCAUGCACAGUGGUUGCUUUUCAUGCAAUCACAUUCAAAUUUGAAUUAUUACUUCUAUUGUGUGUUAAUGUGUUUGGGGAAAUUGUCUCCACACUAACGUCAAAGUAGUUUUGUUCAGGAUGUGGAUUUUCAUAAAUGUGUUUCAUCAAACUAUCAACAAAAAUAAUGUGUAUAAGUAUGUUCCUGGACUGGAUUUGUCAGUGAUCAGGUUUAUAUAGUGGCCUAAAUGUCUGUAUGAUGUAGGCUAUCUGAGGCGAACUUGAGAGGCAUAACCUAUUCUUUUUUCUUUUUUUAAAUUUGAAGAAAUCACUGGAAAUCAGGGGAUGAAUAAAUAUAAAUUACCGAAGCUAACGUUACAGAUAUAUCAAUUGCAUUGUUUUAUACCUUAUUGUAAUUUUUAAAAAACUUUGUCGUUUAUUAUUUAGGAUAUGUAUUCAAACAAAUUAAAGAGUAACAAUUGAGUAUGGAGAAAAAAUUUCAUUUAUAGCAAUGUAAUUUAUAAAUUUGCUAUUUAUUUUUUUCGUAAUUCCUAUUUAAUUUUUUAAAGAAAGUUGCUUCAUGAAGAGUGGAAACCCAGCUGCUCUUCACGCGCCCACUUUUUAAACGAGAAGUCGGCCCGCCCGUGAAGGACACUCCAGUAAAAACCAACACUUCACUAAGUUCACAAAUACCUUCUUCCAUCAACUAAACACAUGGUCGCGGAUGCUCGGUUCAUAACACUUCAAAAUCCUUAAUUUUCUAUCCCAAAUAUGGAUCAGGAAUGUUCAGGCUGACGUGUUGCGUCGGGGGAAUUCUGCGAGCUUGUAACCACAUUUCAUUUAACUACGCCUUCUCCGGUCUACAGUCCUGGUAGGCAUUAAACAGGAAGAGAGUAGGAGAAAGAAACGGGACGCCCUCCCUCUCCUCUUCCUCCUCCUCCUCCUCCUCUUUCCCCUCCUGUUCUCUUGGUGGAUAACGGUGUCCAAGAAGUUAUUCUGGACCGACGCAGACAAUAGCGCCGAGACCGUCUAUCCAGCUUUGGUCCACGGCUAUCAACACUUAUUAAUGCUGCCCGUGUUGAGUUAUAAAGAGGAAAACAAACGGCCGAGACCAUAUCAUGGAGGAUCUGGGAGUGCCUGAAUCACCUAGCUACCCUCUCAGUCCUCGUAUUGUUGUGUUUGAUGCCCUCCUUGCUGAUCUGGAGAACACCAGUUCUCCUCUUCCUCGAUGUCCUGUCCUGCUCACCUCUGACCCUCCACAAAAUGCUGAACCUGCCACUCAGGAAACGACCCAAGCCCGGCCGCCACCACCAGCUUACACACCACAGCAGACUGUUUCUGCUGCAAUGAAGUCCUCACAGAACUCCAAUCCAGACAAACUAUACAGCACGGUGUGUAAACCGCGCUCUCCCCGCUCUGCAGAUCCUCCUCCCGCCUUCUCCUCCUCCUCUCUGCUAGGUGGAGGUCUAAGUGAACUGGACCAUCUGUUACAGGAGCUCAAUGCCACACAGUUUAACAUCACAGAUGAGAUCUUGGCCCAGUUCCCUUCCUCUAAGAAAGAUGAGAGAGACAAGUUCAAGGAUAAAGCCACAACCUCCUCCCCCAGCUCUGCAAAGCCCUCUGCAACAUCAGCCACAUUGGAGUUGGACAAACUGAUGGCGUCGCUGUCUGACUUCAGAGUCCAAAGCACACCAGCAGCACCUGUCACUCCAGUGGUUGCAACAUCUCAGCAGCCCGCAGCCCCACUGCAGCCCGCUGCCCCACCGCAGCCCUCAUCUGGAGGCUCAUUGGACAGCAUGCUGGGGCUCCUCCAAUCAGACCUCAGUCGACAAGGGGUUCAGACAUCCUCCAAGGGAAACUGCUCAGCUUGCCAAAAACCGGUUGUAGGACAGGUGGUGACUGCUCUUGGGAAGGUGUGGCACCCGGAGCACUUUGUGUGCACCGAGUGUGAGACAGAGUUGGGCAGCCGGAACUUCUUUGAAAAGGAUGGACGGCCAUACUGCGAGUCGGACUACUUCACCCUCUUCUCCCCACACUGUGCACACUGCAGUAAACCCAUUCUAAAUAAAAUGGUCACUGCUCUGGAUAAGAACUGGCACCCAGAGUGUUUCUGCUGCGUCAAAUGCAGCCGCAGCUUUGGAGACGAAGGUUUCCAUGACCGUGAGGGCCAGCAGUACUGCCAGCAGUGCUUCUUGACUCUGUUUGCCUCCCGCUGUCAAGGCUGCAGCCAACCUAUCCUGGAAAACUACAUCUCGGCUCUAAACUCUCUCUGGCACCCACAGUGCUUCGUAUGCAGGGAGUGCUACAGCCCCUUCGUGAACGGCAGCUUCUUUGAACACGAGGGUAAACCACUGUGUGAGGCCCAUUACCACCAGUCCCGAGGCAGCAUGUGCCAGGCAUGCCAGCAGCCCAUCCUUGGCCGCUGCGUCACCGCCAUGGGAGCCAAAUUUCACCCCCACCACCUUGUGUGCCACUUCUGCCUGAAGCCCCUGAGCAAAGGCUGCUUCAAGGAGCAGGAGAACAAACCUUACUGCCACCCCUGCUUUAUCAAACUCUUUGGUUGAGAACACCAAUCAUGGGUUUGGACCCCCCCCCCCAUGUUAUUUUCUGCAGGAGCGAAGGUGGAGCUGGUCUCUUUGCUGGUUUUGAGGAGAUAUGUGUCAGCAGAGGAAGGGAAAUCAUCCAACAGAACACGUUGUUGCUUAUUUGACAAAUGGACAGAUGCCCCCAUAUGUAGCAACGCAGUUGCAAGUAAUGCCAAAUUAUCUUUUUCAUGUAUGUAAAUAUUUUACAUACUAUAAUGAUUCAAGUUGAAUGUUGAUAAUUGAGUUCUUUUGCCAAAGGAAAAAAAGAAAAAGAGCAAAUUUAUCAUUUCAGAGACGGAUUAAAAAAAUUCCCUUUAAUAUAUUUGCUUUCUAUUGCCACAAGUAAACAUAUCUGCAAUUGCAUUUAUAUACUGUAUGCUGACUGCCUUCUUUGUUUAUGUAAACUACCAUGUAUUUAAAGUCAGAUUUAUUUUGCAUUAUUCAUUCACCAUAGCUCUCUGCAAAUUGUCAAAAAACAAUUCCAAAGAAUAAAAAUGUAAAGGUGAA